AUAAAAAAAUGAAAGUUCAUCAAUCAGCUGCAGCAAUUGAUAGCAAUAGACGUGUGUCAUCUACAUCAUCCUCAGCUGGUGAUAUUAUCGAAUCAUCCUCAUCAACAACAGCAACCACUACUACAACCAUACCACAACAGCCAGUAAUGAUAUCUGGUGGUACAAUUAUAUCACCAGGUAUUGGUGGUGAUAGUACGGGUCCACCACACCAUCAGCAGCAACAGCAGCCGCCACCGCCACCUCAACAAACAAAUCGUCUGGCAUCAAUGGUUGUACGAAAUGGUCGUGGAUCAUAUGAGAAUGUUAUAGCUACACCUGAAUAUAUUAAAGAAAAUAUGAUGAUUAUUACAUCGACUUCAUCGACAACGACAUCACAAACAGAUUCACCAGGUAUUACAACGUAUAGUAAACAUCGUAUGGCAUCGGUGAAUAGUGGAUCAACAUCGACUGGUUUAGACGAUGGUUAUGGAUCAUCGUCUAGUACGCCACAUGCGAUUCCAGGUAGAACGCAGAAUAACAAAUCUAGUCCACCGCCUAUAUCAAAUUUAGUAUUAACGUAUUGUUCACAGCCAUCAUCAAAUCAAAUUCAGAAAAAAAACCUUCAAGUACAAAUAGCUGAUUCAACAACAGGCGAUUUAGUAAUAUGUACAACAACAACCUCAUCAUCAAAAGCAUCAAUUGACUCGAAUCAACUAUAUAAUCAAAGUUCUGUUGAAACAUUAGAAGAUGGUGUAAUACAAAGUAAUUAUGAAUCACAUUGUACAACAACGGGUGAUAGUAAAAAACAAAUGAAAAGUACUACAAAAUCACAUGAUAAUAUUAAUGAUAAUCGUGAAACAUGGGGUACAAAUGCGGAUUUUUUAUUAUCAAUUAUUGGCUUUGCUGUUGAUUUAGCCAAUGUAUGGCGUUUCCCAUAUUUAUGUUAUAAAAAUGGUGGUGGUGCAUUUUUAAUUCCGUACACAUUAAUGUUAGUAUUUGGUGCUGUACCAUUAUUUUAUAUGGAAUUAAUAUUGGGACAAUUUAAUCGACAAGGACCAAUUAGUGUAUGGAGAAUAUGUCCGUUAUUUAAAGGAGUGGGAUUUUGUGCAGUUUUAGUAGCAUUUUAUGUAUCUUUUUAUUAUAAUGUAAUAAUUGGUUGGGCAUUAUAUUUCCUGGUAUCCAGUACGCAAUACGAUUUACCAUGGAUACACUGUAAUAACAGCUGGAAUACUCAGCAAUGUUGGGACAGUAAUGUAAUGAACAAAUCAACGCAUGAAAUUGCUGGUGUUCCAGAAUUAGCGUCACAUGUAAAUAAAUAUACACCAGCUAGUGAAUUCUUUCACCGAGCUGUACUUGAAAUGCAAUGGUCCGAUGGUCUACAUGAAAUGGGUUAUCCAAAAUGGCAACUUGUUUUAUGUGUAUUUUUUGUAUAUUGUAUGUUAUAUUUGUCGUUAUUUAAAGGAGUCAAAUCAAGUGGUAAAGUGGUAUGGGCAACGGCCACAAUGCCAUACGUAGUGUUAAGUAUAUUGUUAGUACGUGGAUUAAUGUUACCCGGUGCAAUGUCUGGAAUAAAAUAUUAUUUACAACCAGAAUUAUCUCGUUUGAGUGAUACACAAGUUUGGGUGGAUGCAGCUGUUCAAAUUUUUUACUCUGUGGGUGCUGGAUUUGGUGUUCAUUUAUCGUAUGCUAGUUACAACACGUUUCAUAAUAACUGUUUUAGAGAUUGUAUUGUUACAACGAUUGUUAAUUGUUUUACAAGUUUCUUUUCCGGUUUUGUGAUAUUUACGUACCUAGGGUUUAUGUCAUAUAAACAAGGCGUACACAUAAGCACAGUUGCGACAGAAGGACCUGGGUUAGUAUUUCAAGUAUAUCCAGAAGCUGUAGCAACGUUGCCUGGUAGUAAUUUCUGGGCGAUGUUAUUCUUUUUCAUGUUAAUUAUGCUUGGAUUAGAUUCAGCGAUGGGUGGAAUGGAAUGUGUCAUCACCGGUUUAAUGGAUGAAUUUCAUGAUUUUUUCCAUAAUCGAAAAUAUGCAAGAGAAAUUUUCACUGCAUCUGUAGCAUUUGUCUCAUUUUGUGUUGCAUUAAUUAAUGUUACACCGGGUGGUAUUUACAUGUUUCAUUUAUUUGAUACAUAUUCAGCGGGUAUUUCAUUGUUAUGUUCAGCAUUAUUUGAAGCUAUUGCAGUUUCAUGGUUUUAUGGUUUGGAAAAAUUUUCACAAGAUGUCCACUUAAUGAUUGGAUCAAAACCAGGACUCUAUUGGCGAAUAUGUUGGAAAUUUAUAAGUCCAACGUUUAUCAUCGGCGUUGUUAUGUUUGGUCUAAUAUAUCAUGAAAAAUUACAAUACAACGAAUAUAAAUAUCCAGAUUGGGCUGAAUGGGUUGGAUGGUGUUUAGCAUUAUCCAGUAUAUUAAUGAUACCGAUUGUGAUGAUAAUACAAUUAGUAAAAACACCAGGAACGUUAAAAGAACGUUUUGCAUUUAAUAUUACACCAGUUGAAGAACAUGAACAAUUAAGAGAAACAAAAUAUUGUUCAAGAUUUAAAUGCAGACAUUGGUUAUAUGUUUAA